CUGUGUCCUGCUCUGGUCCUCUCGGGGAGAAGCAUGUGCCAGGAUGGAGGGCGAAUUGUGCCGUGGGUGGACCUACGCUGCUUUCCGAUGCCCGCAGCUGCACGAUGGUGCGGACACCAAGUUCUGUUGCGGGACCUGCAGCGCGCCUUACUGCUGCUCCUCCGAAGACGCCCGUCUUGACCAGCUGCAAUGCAUUGGCCUGGGCUACCAGACUGCGGUUCCCUCAGGCACCCAGCAACCAGAACCUACUCAGCCUCCGCCCAAGCAAGAUGAAGCGAGCUGGCCCGCCAUCCUGACUCUGGUCGUGCUCUUCACUUGGGGCUUAAUGUGGAUUGCCUUCACCUGCUUGAAUGAGAGGUACUGGCACAUGCCAGGAUCUCUCUGGGUUUGGAACGCCCCCAAUGCUGGGGGCCCAGAGAACAUCGAGCUGGACUUUGCGGGUUCUCCCCUGCCGAGCUGCAUGGGCCCUCCACCGCCGCCCUACGAGAUGCCUCCGCCUUAUAGCGCUGAGGACCCAGGGCCAUUUAAUGUUGAACUGGAGCCCUUUUCCGGGGAACCUGCUCCACCUUACAGCCAGGAGGACCCCCACAUCCUAAGUGCUGCGGACCCUCAAGACAACAGGGAUUUGCCCCCACCAUCACCCGUCAUGCACUUGCGCCGGGGAAAUGCCAGGAACCCAGGUGACGAGGCUCUUCCCGGGGCUGCAGCUCAGAGGGAUCCUGCUGGCCGUCACCUGGAGCCCACCUUGGAAACAGAACCAGAGCAAUGAUGCGUGGAGGGGGAGGAAGCCAUCACUCACACGGCAGGCGUGCCUUGGGGAUCCGGGAAACGACACGGCCCAAUCCACGGAUGCUUUUCAGCGUGUAUUAAUUGGACUGACUGUUUGCCCAGGGUGUGCGUUCCCUCCGUGAAGACGCUGGCGCAUGGGGGCGGUGCACUGGGACCGUGCUGGGGACCUCGGGGGGACGGCAGCCUUUGGAACCUCAGCUGGCGUGUGGUUGGGGAGUGUGAGAUAACUGUGUGUGGACUUGGUCUUAAGGGCAGGCAUUCGGUGACGUGGCAGAGACACCGACCCUCGGCCCUUCCCCUCUCGUCACUGGCAUCUAGCUUGCUGGCCAUGAUGGGCAUCAAUGGCAUGGCCAGCCAUUCCACACUUAGACUUAAAGCAGAAAAUUUCACUAGCCACACUGCUAAAUCUCCAAAAGGACCUUGGAAGGAACGUCUCUAACUCUGAGCUGGAUGACUCUGCAUCCCAAGGAAUGCGAGAUGUGUGCGUGGGGUGGAUGGAGCUUUGGGUCCAAAGGCUGCCGGGGAGAAAAAUGGACAUGGAGCUGUUGACAAAGGCCUUGCAUAGGCCCUGCUGGCCUUUCCUUUCAGGAGCAGAAGUUGUUCUGUGAUGCCAGCUAUCAGAUCUGCAAUGAAACCCCCUAAUAGGUAAAGCCCAGGCUGCCCCUCCCUCAAAAGCUGUUCCUUAACCACUGCCAGUGACAACAGCAAAAAUAUUGAUCAGAGUCAUGCAAAACGCUUGGGAAAACCAGGCCUUGGUGUCUUUGCAGAGAAAUUCUGUUUGUCUGACUGUUCCUGUUGGAGCGCUCAUCCCUAUGGGCAUAAGCCAGGGGCAAAUCUUCAUAUUUCCAUGGAGGUUUCAUGCCAGAUGGUCCCUGAGAGCUUUUUAAAAUGUGAGAAUUCGUACGGGCACAUCUGUGCAUUCCCCACGAAGCAGCAACAUAGGCCUGUUGCCAUGUGCGCUUCUUGGAUGCACAGAACUCUUUUUAUCUGAGACACUUGUCUAAUGCUGCACUCUCUACAUGCGUUAUCUUGUCAUUAAUAAAAGUACGUUGAUAUUUGGACUUCUCAAAA